AUGUACCUGAUGGGGGGCGGCCGACCUCAUACGGUUCUGCCUGUCUGUCUGCAGCCUGUCUGUCAGAAGGAUCAGGAGCUAGCAUUAGCCGCGGCGCUGAGCGACAGCCUCUGGGUCGCCAGGCAGGAAGUCAGCGCCACUGUUACCUUGGUGACCGAGGACUACUGCAUCACUCCUCACCUGGACUACAAGCUGGACAACUUCACAGAGAGGGUACCUGGGGGGGAGGGGUACAUGGGGAGGGGUACAUGGGGAGGGGUACCUGGCAGUGGGCUGAGACCCUGUCCUCUGUCCUCAGGUGGGCUGAGACCCUGUCCUCUGUCCUCAGGUGGGCUGAGACCCUGUCCUCAGGUGGCUGAGACCCUGUCCUCUGUCGUCAGGUGGGCUGAGACCCUGUCCUCUGUCCUCAGGUGGGCUGAGACCCUGUCCUCUGUCCUCAGGUGGGCUGAGACCCUGUCCUCUGUCCUCAGGUGGGCUGAGACCCUGUCCUCUGUCCUCAGGUGGGCUGAGACCCUGUCCUCUGUCGUCAGGUGGGAUGAGACCCUGUCCUCUGUCCUCAGGUGGGAUGAGACCCUGUCCUCUGUCCUCAGGUGGGCUGAGACCCUGUCCUCUGUCCUCAGGUGGGCUGAGACCCUGUCCUCUGUCCUCAGGUGGGCUGAGACCCUGUCCUCUGUCGUGGGCAGCAUGCUGAAGACCCCCCUGGUCCCAGUGUGGCUCUGCUGUAUUAACGGCAGCGUCUCGGUGGUCUUCAGUCUGCACCGCUCUCUGCUCUCUGAUUGGAAGAUGGAGCACCUGUUCACGCUGUUCUACUACAACGGGCAGGACCCCCAGAAGACCCCCGCCAGGCUGACUGUAGAUACUCACUCUCACCACUGGGAGGCGCCCUGCCGCCCGUCAGAGGGCGACCAGGAGAAGAGGUUCCCCUCCCUGGAGAUGACCCUCCGCACCAGGUGGGCCGGAGCCGCCAUCGCCUGGAGUGACACGGGGCUGUUCUACUGA